AAUAUUUAGUUGUUCGUGUUGCAAAUUACAUUAAAUAGAUCACAGGAAUUAGAAUGAAAGCAAUAGACACGAUACUGUUCGAUAUUUCCAAAAAUGAACUCUUCAAGAUCAAUGAAAACUUUAAGAUGCUCCAUCGGAAGUUGAAGAGUGCUUGGAAGGUUAUGAUAAAUCGCGAAGAAAUAUCUCCUUACAUACUCCAGGAUGUAAAGAUAUUGGUGAUACCAGGACCACAGAACGCGUUUACAGAUGACGAACUGGCAGCGCUCAAAAGUGUGGUAGAGAGAGGAGACUCCGUGUUGGUGAUGAUGACAGAUGGAGGAGAGGAACGAAUGAACACUAAUAUAAACUUCUUUCUUGAGGAGUAUGGAAUUGUUGUCAACAAUGAUUGCGUUGUCCGCGCAAAGUAUCACAAGUUCUACCAUCCUAAGGAGUGUCACAUAUCCAAUGGUAUUCUAAAUCGAGCAGUGUUGAAGCACAUUAUGAAAAUGCCGAAUUAUAUUAGCGAGCCUGAUGAUUUUCUGGAAGACCCACCAACACCAAAUUUUGUUUAUCCAUACGGUGCAACAUUAACGGUCAAGAAGCCCUCAGCCGCAAUCCUAUCCAGCAGCGAUGUAUGUUAUCCUGUGAAAAGACCAGUAGCUGCAAUGUACAUCUCGGAGAAGAGUGGGGGAAAGCUUUUCGUCAUCGGUUCCGGGCAUUUCUUCGCAGACCAGUAUUUAGAUAGUGAAUGCAACGACCACAUUAGGGAGAUGAUUUUCAACAAUCUGGGAGGUGUCACCGAUAUUCACCUCAACGCUGUAGACGUUGAGGAUCCUGAUAUCAAUGAAUAUAGAACUUUAGGAGACACUAUGUGGCUAAGCUCGGUACCACUACCAGAGCCUGCCAGCGCUCCGCCCCCGCGUCUCGCACCUUUACAUCCUCAUGCACUUUUCACCUGGACACUAUUCUCACUAAACCUCUCGCAUCUGCCUGAAGUGCUGGGACUACAUGAAGAGCUUGGCAUUAAACAUGAGCCGUUGAGACUUAUAGCUCCGCAGUUCGAAACACCAUUUCCACCACUUCAAUUAGCUGUGUUUGCACCAACGUUCCGAGAGCCCCCUCCCCCGCCAUUAGAGCUGUUCGACCUGGAUGAAGCGUUCAGUUCCGAGCGGUCUCAGCUCGCAAGACUAGCUAACAAAUGCCUGCAGCCUCUUAACGCUAGAAUGGGACAAGGUGACGGCAGGCAACUAGAGAACGAAUUGGAAUAUUUUGUGCGCGAAUGCGGCCGGGCUGUAAGACUGUCUCGGGCGAUAUCCACAGAUGAUGCGCCCGCCGGCAAGCAUAUCCUUCACCAGCUUGCAGUACAGCUUGCGACGUUCAAGAAGAUCGCACCAAGAGAUUAA